CCUGGAGCGAAGGUUCCUUGCCCUUUCUUCUCCUGUUGCCUGCAAAGGAAGGACAUCAGCAGUGACGCUGCUCUGGUGACAUCCCGGGAUUAGGGAGUGAGAGCCCUCGCUGCAGCGAGCCGUGUGAAUUCGAGAGCAGAGGAGAAGGAACUGCACUGUCCUGACUCCAGCUGUAAGACAACUAAUCCUUGCUGCACGAUUCCCACUCGCUGGGAUGGGGGAUGUUCCCGGAUAAAUCACCAGCAAGCUCCUAGUCUGAAUCAGGGACUCUCUCGUGCCUUAUCCCAACACCACUGCCUGCUCUGAAAGCAACUUGCAAAAUGAUCUGCAAGGUCCUGUCCCUGUGCAGUGUGAACCAGCAGCCUUGACACCACGAGGACAGAGCACCGUGCCAUCUGCCCUCAGCUGCCUCUCCUGACAUCCUCUGCGAGUCUGGGGAGGGAAGACAGGAAAUCCAAGGCAUGCAGGGAAAAUGGAGCAGAGCUGAUUAACCCCUCACCCCCCCGAGAGCGAUGCCCGACACCCAUUUCAGAUUCCGCGGAAACCUGACCGGCCGUGUCCACCUCCCAACCGUGGCCACCCAAGUGGACACGGCAGCAGAGAAAUAUUCCGGCCUCUACAUCUACGUGGGGUUGUUCCUGACCCUCCUGGCCAUCCUCCUCAUGCUGCUUCUCUCCGUGCUCCUGCGCCUCAAGCACGUGGUGUCCCCGCUCAUCCUGUCCCCCGAGGGCACCGAGAACACCCAGCAGUUCACGGAUGUGGAGAUGCACAGCAGGAUUCCAACCGCUUAG